AAAAGCAAAGCGUGAAAAUGAGUGUGGUUGGGUUUGAUUUUGGAAACGAGAAUUGCCUUGUCGCAGUUGCAAGGCAAAGAGGUAUCGACGUUGUGCUUAAUGACGAGUCGAACCGCGAGACUCCGGCUAUUGUAUGCUUUGGCGAGAAGCAGCGCUUCAUCGGCACUGCUGGUGCUGCUUCCACCAUGAUGAACCCCAAAAACUCCAUAUCCCAAAUCAAGCGUCUGGUUGGUCGCCAGUUCUCCGACCCUGAGCUGCAAAGGGACAUCAAAUCUCUGCCCUUCUCUGUCACGGAAGGCCCCGAUGGCUACCCUUUGAUCCAUGCUAGGUAUUUGGGAGAGAUGAGAGCCUUUACCCCCACUCAGCUCAUGGGAAUGAUGCUCUCCAAUCUGAAAGGUAUUGCCGAGAAGAAUAUGAAUGCUGCUGUGGUCGACUGCUGUAUUGGUAUCCCUGUUUACUUUACCGACCUCCAGCGAAGGGCUGUUCUCGAUGCUGCCACCAUUGCAGGCUUGCAUCCCCUGCGCUUGAUCCACGAGACUACUGCAACCGCUCUCGCUUAUGGUAUUUACAAGACUGAUUUGCCAGAGAAUGAACAUCUCAAUGUCGCAUUCAUUGACAUUGGGCAUGCAAGCAUGCAGGUCUGCAUUGCAGCCUUCAAAAAAGGACAGCUCAAAAUCUUGUCUCAUGCCUUUGAUCGCUCCCUAGGGGGAAGGGACUUCGACGAAGCUCUUUUCCACCAUUUUGCUGCUAAGUUUAAGGAGGAGUACAAGAUUGAUGUCUCCCAGAAUGCUAAGGCUUGUCUCAGGCUCCGGGCUGCGUGCGAGAAGCUGAAAAAGGUUCUAAGCGCAAAUCCUGUGGCACCAUUGAAUAUCGAGUGUUUGAUGGAUGAGAAAGACGUUAGGGGUGUCAUAAAGAGGGACGAGUUUGAAGAGAUCAGCAUCCCGAUUCUGGAGCGCGUUAAGAGGCCUCUAGAGAAAGCUCUCUCUGAUGCGGGCCUCACAGUUGAAGACGUACAUAUGGUCGAGGUUGUUGGCUCUGGCUCUCGUGUCCCCGCUAUGAUCAAGAUCCUAACUGAGUUUUUUGGCAAGGAGCCCAGGCGUACAAUGAAUGCAAGUGAAUGUGUGUCGAGGGGAUGUGCCUUGCAGUGUGCCAUUCUCAGUCCGACCUUUAAAGUUCGCGAAUUCCAGGUUCAUGAGAGCUUCCCUUUCUCAAUUUCGCUGGCGUGGAAAGGAGCAGCUUCCGAUUCUCAAAACGGAGGGGCUGAGAAUCAGCAGAGCACCAUUGUUUUUCCCAAAGGAAAUCCCAUUCCCAGUGUCAAGGCUCUAACGUUUUAUCGUUCUGGAACGUUCUCUGUUGAUGUGCAGUACGGUGAUGUGACCGAGUUGCAAGCACCUCCUAAAAUCAGCACAUACACGAUUGGUCCCUUCCAGUCAUCAAAAGGCGAGAGAGCAAAGCUUAAAGUGAAAGUGAGAUUGAACCUGCAUGGAAUUCUUUUGGAAGAGGAAGAAGUUGAAGUUCCAGUCUCGAAAGAACAACCGGAAGGAACUACGAAGAUGGGCAGUGACAAGGCUUCGCCUGCUGGUGACUCUGAUGUUAACAUGCAAGACGCCAAGGAAACCAGUGAUGCAGCUGGUGCUGACAAUGGUGUUCCUGCGUCUGCUGAUAAGCCGGUGCAAAUGGAAACUGAUGCAAAGGCUAGAAUCUCCACUGAAUUGAUUGCUGAGGCUCCGAAGAAGAAGGUGAAGAAAACAAAUGUACCUCUGUCGGAAUUGGUCUACGGUGCCUUGCAAUCUGUGGAGGUCCAAAAGGCUGUGGAGAAAGAAUUUGAGAUGGCUUUGCAAGACAGAGUUAUGGAGGAGACAAAGGACCGGAAGAAUGCUGUUGAGUCCUAUGUAUACGAUAUGCGAAACAAACUGAGUGACAAAUACCAGGAGUAUAUCACUGAACCAGAGAGGGAAGCAUUCCUGGCGAGACUGCAGGAAGUGGAGGAUUGGUUGUAUGAAGACGGGGAAGAUGAGACUAAAGGUGUUUAUGUUGCAAAGCUCGAGGAGCUCAAGAAGGUGGGUGACCCUGUUGAAGAGCGUUACAAGGAGUCAGUGGAGAGAGGGUCGGUGAUUGAUCAGCUUAGUUACUGUAUUAACAGCUACAGAGAGGCAGCUGUGUCUAAUGAUCCCAAGUUUGACCACAUUGAAUUGACAGAGAAGCAGAAGGUUUUGAACGAGUGUGUGGAAGCAGAAGCAUGGCUGCGGGAGAAGAAGCAGCAGCAGGACACACUUCCCAAGUACGCCACACCGGCUCUCUUGUCAGCUGACGUUACAAGCAAGGCGGAUGCAUUGGACAAGCCUGUAAUGACCAAACCAAAGCCGGCGGCUAAAGCAGAGGCACCAGAAGCCAAGGGAGAUGAGCCUGCGGAUGAGGGCAAGAGCGAGCCACAGCCACCAUCCUCCGCCGAACCAAUGGAGACAGACAAUCCCUCCCAAGGUAGUGCC